AUUUGGUUGUUGUGAUAAGCUAGAUAAAUAUUUAAGACUAGAAAAGCUCUCUCAUGUUUACGGUCUAUGGUCUUUGGUUGUUUAGCGGCAUUCCACUACGACCCUUUUUAGUGUGACAUCGUUUAACAACGUGACCUUCCACAACUACAUUACAGGCACAUCGCCACAUGUGAAAAGGACUUCAGGAAUAUUUAAGACAUUUAAGAAGAUUUUACUUAUGACAUUUUCAUGAAAGGGGAAAACGGAUGUAACCGCGUUGAAAACACGUUUUCUUCCGUUUGUAUUCAACGUAGUGACACUGACAGUCCCGCAGUCUGUAUUUCCUAGUUUUAGUACCGCGAUGUUACGGUGCUUUACUACCCAGGGUUUUUAUGAACUCUGGAAAUGCAAUAAUUUUGUUUUAACCUGUCUGACCAAGAGGAAAGCCAUACGUAUUCUCCCAGUCAGCAGCGCCUGUCAUCAACGACUACACAUCCCUGCUCGCCACUUCAGUAUUGGGAGCCCAGUGUGGAAAGAUGCUCUCGAGCCAAAAAUAGAGAAAUCCGAAGAAAUACAGACAAUAGAUCUGGACAAAUGGAAAUCUGUAAUGAGAUCCCAAGCUGCAUCAGAAGAGAAACAACAAGUCAAUGAUGAAGAGGAAGCAAGUGAUGAUGAUGAAAGCCUAAAAGACGCACGAGAUGAUUUAAAGGAUGGUUCCUCACUUGAGGCAACUCGGGACCUGGUUGCAAUGUGGCGGCAAGCUGGCAAGCUUGUACCUCAAGAGAUGACUGAGGAUGAGGUUCAGACGCUGGCUGAGCUCACCACCAAGUCAUCCAGGAAGAAGUACCUUAAGUACCUGGCCAUCAAGGAGGGCCAUAAAAGGGCCCGUAAGGAGAAGCAGCAGCAGAGGAAGGCAGACAGGGAAGCCUCAAUGGAACAGAAAAGAGACCAGGACAGUGAUGCAGAGGAAGGGGAUGAUCAGAGAGGACAGGAGCGUAAAAGCACAUUCCUCCUCCAAUUCUGGAGCCGCUCCCUGGACAAGUUGCUGGCCUGGAGGAGCGCCCAGGCCAUGCUGUUCGGUCAGCCACUGGUGUUUGACAUGAGCUAUGAGUCUAACAUGGCCAGGCGGGAGGUAGAGAACACAGUGUCCCAGCUGAUGGAGGUGGAAGGGUGGAACCGGCGUGCCACAGAGCCCUUCCACCUCCACUUCUGCAACCUGCAGCCAGACGGGGCCUACAAGCAGGAGCUGCUCAAACGAUACGGUGCAGAGGCCUGGGAACGCCUACUCAUCACCAGCACUGACCGCCAGCACGUUGAUCUGUUCCCACGUGAACGGCUUGUCUACCUCACCGCAGACUCCCCCAAUGUUCUCCGCACGUUUGACCACUCCAAGGUGUACAUCAUUGGAUCUCUAGUGGACCGGUCUAUUCAGUCAGGCUUGUCGUUGGCCAAUGCCAAGCGUCUGAAGCUGACUACAGCCCGCUUACCGCUGGAUGAGUUCCUCCACUGGGAGAUCGGAGCCAAAAAUCUGACUCUGGACCAGAUGAUCCGCAUCAUGCUCACUCUCAAGGACACGGGGAAAUGGGAGGAGGCGUUGAAGUUUGUGCCUAAACGGAAGCACGAUGGCUUCCACCAACAGCAGACACAGAAAGAAAUUACCAAGAACAGAGUCAGGGGGGCCACAAAUCAUGGACCAAGAGACGACGGUGGCAGGUGGUUAAGAUUGGACGAAAGGACAUUUAAUAAUGAGGGCCAAGGUCUUUACAGGCCCAAUAAACAGUCUGGGAUCACUGGUAGAGACAGAAUGGCUGGACUGCCCAGUGACAGGGAAAACAAAGCAGCUGCAACCAGAGUACGGACAUCAUUUCAGAGCAACAUGGGGGGAAGAAAAGGUGCAGGCAAAAGCAAGAUGUGGUGGGAUGACGAGUGAAGAAUUGUAACUUGGGUUAAUGAGAACAUUUCUGUUUACACUGUCAACAAAGUGGUUAAUAAAAUGAAAUAUGUAGUCUUGGGUG